CCUCAAGAUAGCCAGCGAAGCAAGUUCUAGGAUCUUCGACACAACACAGAAACUGAACUGUCCAUGGCUCUCCCAUAAAUUUUCUAACACACCUUUCGUAUCCCUUGUAUGGAGUUUGAAUACGUAACGGUAACUGAAGCUUCGGAUAAGUUCGGAUACUUGGGAUAUACUUGUGUAGUUAUGUUUGUUGUCAUAUUCUAGGAAGAUCGUUUGUGUAUAGAUACUCCUAGAUACUCUCAUCUUGAGUUGUAUAUAUGUAAGGUUCAUCAUUGAUCGAGAGGAAGAUAAGGUGCACCAGUUUCUGUUUGGACUGGAUGGUGCGACGCAGAUUGGGCAAGCUGUCCUAUCCGGAAAAAGCUGUACGCGUGAUUACUGGAUUACCUGCCAAGUACCGAGAUCCAAAAACUGGUCUUGCUUAUGCAACUCUAGACCCCUUCAAAGCAAUAAGAGAAAGGUUCAUGGAAGAACACAAUGGCUUGAGAAAGAAAAUGGAGAUGGGAGAUCUGUUUGACACACUUACUUCUGCUAACGGCUUUUCUGCAAAACGAAAGAGAACAAUGGUUCCAAAGACAAGCAGAUCAUUUUCUCUCAGAAACUCGGCUCGUUUCUGUAAUUUGGAGACUCCAGAAGCGAGUGAAGUUUCAGACUCAGAUUCAGACUAAUAACAACCUUCCCUGAUUGGCUCGUAUCUAGGAAAAAAGGUUUUACUUUCAAUCAACAUCAUGAACUAACAGUUAUUUGGACCACAUAUUGAGCGGCUGCUCUGUGUAUUAAAUAAAUCAUCGAGUGGUUUUGUGGUUGAGAGAUGAUGAAGAUCAUGGAUGAAGUUUUUUCAUGAUCAGAGCUUGAACUGGAAACAACACACUCCUUGUAAUUGAUCCUCCCGACCACAACCUAGUAACCUACUACACCAUCUUAGAACCAGAGAGUGUAAUUUUCACUAUUUUGUUGACCUUUGCAAUCGAAUGAAUUUCUUUUUUUUUU